AGCAUUUUGAUCACAUUCUCCAGAGAUGGAUGCUAAGGAAAGAAGAAGGAAACAAGACAGAGAGCGCUAUGAACAGAUGGCCAAUGAAAAAAGAGAGGAAAAACUCAAAAAAGGCCGUGAAGCCUAUCAACAAAAGAAAGAAAAAAUAUGCGCACAACAAAGGCAGAUAUAUGCAAAAAUGCAGCCGGAACAAAAGAAAGCUAGAAAAGAACAUAUCAAUGAAUUGAAACGCAACACAGCAAGCAAAGACUCCAUUGCACGGGAGAACCCUGCCUAUAUUGCAACUGAAAAAGAAGUUGGUACUUCUACCUUUCCUGAUUACAGAAAGCAUGUCACACCAGGAGAAAGGCAAACAUUGCUACACCGUCGUAACAAAGAAUUCACGACAAGACAGAGGCAUGUAUCAUCGAAACAAGAUGUAUCUAUGACGGAAACCGGCGACGAUGACACAGAACCUCUACAGCAACCAGAAGAAAUGAUUUACGAUAUCCCUAAUCAAUGUUUCCAAGCAUCAAAGAAGCGGAUACACCAACACAGACAUUCUACAAUGACGAUCAAAAUAAGGUGGCAUUGUGGCCAGACAUCCCGUCUUCAAUGUUUCCAGCAAUCAAAGAAGUAGAUGCACGAAUACAAACAUUAUACAAUGAU